UCAGACACACAGAGAACAGAGCUGUGUGAAUGGACAAGGGACACUGAGGGAGGAGAAGGGCCUCUGUUACCUAACUAAACCCUGAAAACAUCAACGGCCAGUCUUGCUGAAGGAUUAGCUCCUGGUCAGCGCUAACAUGGGCCUGCCCUCGGUGAUAGUGUUGCCCCUGUUGAUCGUUGUGGCAGCAGGGGUGUACUACAUCUACAAUGAGAUUUUGCACUUCAUGUCCAAGUCCUUAGUACGAAACAAAGUGGUGGUGAUCACUGAUGCUGUGUCUGGGGUGGGGACCGAGUGUGCCCGUCUCUUCCACAAGGGUGGGGCCAGACUGAUCCUUUGUGGGACUGGCUGGGAUAAGCUGGAGUCUCUGUAUGACUCUUUGACAACUGAUGCUGACCCCAGAGAGACCUUUGCCCCAAAGUUGGUAAUUCUGGACUUCAGUGAUAUGGACAGUAUGGAGGACGUGAUUGCUGAGGUGGUCGAUUGUUAUGGUUGUGUGGACGUGCUGAUCUGCAAUAGCAGUAUGAAGCUGAAAGCACCGGUUCAGAGUAUCUCCUUGGAACAGGACAGAAAUAUCAUGGAUGUUAACUACUUUGGCCCAAGCACUCUAGCCAAAGGUGUUCUUCCAAUGAUGAUUUCAAGACGAUCAGGCCACAUCGUACUGGUCAACAGCAUCCAGGGCAGACUGGCUGUUCCAUUCAGAAGUUCAUAUGCCGCGUCUAAGCAUGCGGCGCAGGCCUUCUUUGACUGUCUGCGAGCUGAAGUGGAAGAGUAUGGAAUAAUUGUCAGCACCAUCAGUCAUACCUUCAUCAAUGCUUCUGAACCGCCGCCAGUAGAGGAACCUGUUCCCAAACCAAACCCUGUCGCUGAAUUUAUUGCCAGGCAGCUGACCCACGGUGUGCGCCCGUCGGUCCUGGCCAAUGAAAUCAUGCAAACCGUGAACAGGAAGAGGAAAGAGGUUCUGCUGGUCCACCCCAUCCCCAGGGUGGCUCUCCAUCUGCGCUCCCUCUUCCCCCCCUUCCUCUUCGCUGUGCUGGCUGCUGGAGUGAAAGACUCAGUGUUGGCUGAGCAGAUGCAGUAGAAGAAAGGCUAGUGUGUGAGAGAAAGAGAUGUGAAGUAAAGCUUAGAGAUUUAUUUGUUUUGGAUAUGCCAAUUAAGUAAAUGUAUAUCCUGAGGAUUCCAGAUGGGUUUGUAAUAAUAAUGCUGAACAGAUAGUUAAUAAUGACCAGUAAAGCACCUUAAAAUGCAAUGAUAGAGGCCUUAAAGGUGCUUUUUGGAAUUACCCUCUGCAGAAAUGAAUGACUAUCACCAGGGGGCAGUGUUUUACCUGUGGCUGUAUAGCGAUACGUGCUGCUGUUUAACCUUUUAAAAUCUGAACCAGAAAAUAAUGACCAGAAAACGUUCUUUUUUGGGGGGAAAAUGGAGUGUUUAUUGGAGCUCCUGACAUAUAAGUUUUAAUUUGCAUCAUAUUUGCUACAUACAACAUUUUUUUGUCAUAAUUUAUUGCUUAAAAAAGUAUUGUGCAAUUUAUUGUUUAAGUUUUUCAGAUGAGUGGUGUGGUGGGAGAGAAUCAUACCGAUGAUGAAGAAGUCUCAAAAACUCACAAAAUCUCUUGUACUAAAUAUGAUACCAUAGGAGCUAAGCAGUUAACUUGUAAUCUUUUUUGCUGCCACUUUAAUUCCUUACCUGGGUAAAUAAUGGUUACAUUAACUUACUGCACCAUCUAGUGGUACAACUAAGGUUACACAAAAGUACUACGAGCCCCUUCAGUUUCAAAUGAUAAUGCUCAACACAACGCCUCUAUCCGUUUUUGUUUUUAACUUUCUGUUGACAGCUGAAAAAGAGGAAUUUCUAAAUGAAUGAAUUUAUAAUAGUUGCUUUUAGACAGAGGAUGUUUUUGCCCAUUUGUGGCAGAGGAAACAAGGUGUGAACCCAUUAAUCUCAUAAAGCUUGAAAGGCUAACAUGAUAGCAUUUGAUUAGAAAGCCAACAAGCAGAUUUUUGAUAAGAUAAAAGCUCUCUCGCAUCUCCACCAGCAAGCAUCCUGCUCUUUGUCUUCAUUGCUCAACAGCAUGUGAUGAAAACGAAAUUAUAUCAAAUCAAAUCACUGACCUGGGAUGACCUCAAAUGUUCCUCAUUUAUUGUAAUUAUAUGGGUUGUGCUUUUUCACCGUAUCUUAUGUUGCCUGCCUGUUUAUUCCUCUUAAUUUAGACAUUAAAUUUCAUGUAUAGAUUAGAUUAGAGUGAAACUGCACUGAUGCCUGCAGGGAAAUGGAUCUGAUUAAGUGCAAGUCAAGCAGGAAGCGCUUUUGAUGAUUACAAAACCAAGAGAAAAUGGAAUAAUUGCAAUAAAUAUUAGUCUUAAUUAAAUAGCAAGCUCACUGUGUUUCCUGUCUUGUAUCUUGCAGUACAUUGGCUGUGUCAUGCUAUUAGCAGAUAAGCCCUUCUCCAGAAAUUAGUUUUCCCAUAAGAAAAUAUAAUGCAUGAUGGUGGUGUUCAUGAGCUACACACACAUGAAAUGAUAGAAGAGUAAAGUGAUUUUCAUCAUAUAACCAUAUAUUUUCUUUUUCUUUUUCAUGCAGUCAUGGUAACAGGUUACACUGAUCAUUAAUAUAUCUCUAGAAAAUGCCACCAGACCGUAUUCUCAUGGAAGGGCUGGUACUUGGUCCUAAUUCAGUGCUCCUCCCAUUUCCUAAAGGAAAUGAAUUCACUUUGUUGGGAGUCUAAAUAAACUGUUUUCCUCCCAA